AUGGCGUCAAUAUUCAAGCCACGUACUUUGAACAAACAAACUACACCCGUCAAACCACCAAGCAAAUCAGAUAUAUCUCUGAAUGUUGAAGAAUUAACUAAGAAUAAACACUAUUGUGUUUCAAGAUUACCUGGUUUACCACAAAUAUUAAAAACUGAACAAUUCAAUAAUGCAUACUCCGAUUUAGAUUCAAGUUAUUCAUUAGUCAUAAAUGAUGAUUCAAUAUACGUAUGGAGUUAUAGAUCAAUUGAUACCCAACCAUUUUCAAUUCAUUUCCCAAUAGAUAAAUCAAUUUAUAAAUUACCAAUGGCUAUAUUAACUAGACCAUCGUGUGGUACAGAUCAAGAUCCUGGACUUAUAAUAAUUGAUUCAAUAACCGGGUUUAUUAAAUAUUAUGAAAGUGUACAACAUGCACCAACUUUAGGAUUAAUAAAUGACAAAUCAUUAGAAUUACAAAUUAACUUACAUAAAGAUGAAGUUAUAACAUUAGCUGAAAAUGUAGAACCAUCAGGUAUAUGUAUUGCAACUUCUUUACAAAGAUGUUUAAUGAUUUCAUUAAGAGAUUACAAGAGUAAACCGAAUCUAUCAUAUAUGGAAUUAAUUAAUCCAAAUUCAGGAAUUUUAUCAAAAUUUUUUAGUAGAGAAGAUAAUGAAAUUGUUGCUAUAAGAUCAGGCAACAACCAGGAAAACCAGGACUUGACAUCACAACAAAUUUUGAUAUUGGAUUUUACAGGUACUUUAUAUCUGAUUUAUUACUGUUUAUUAUCAGCAAAUGCUCAUCCAUACAUCGACAAGCAAAAAUCAUUUAAACAAAGUUUAUAUGUCGAUGUUGAAACUUAUCCUGGAUCUCAGAACACUGUUAAAUGGUUAGAUAUUUGGCCAUUAACUGAUAAAAAUUACUACUUAGCACUUUGUUAUUUGAAUGGUAAAUUAUUGUUAGUCACUUUAGGUUGUGAUAAUUCGGGGGCCAUAUUUUAUGGAGCUCAUCAAUUAAAUAGUAUAGAACAUAUCCCAAAUAAACCAAGAUUAUUUUUACCAAAACCUGGGAAAACUGCAUUUGUUAUAGCUGAUGAAAAUAUUAUUAUGACAGAUAUAAAUACUUCAUAUAUUGAAUCAAAGCAUACCUUUUCAUAUUAUAAACCAAGAUGGGAAGAUAUUAUACGUUUGAGAGAGUCAACUGAAAUUAUAGGUUAUGGAUAUGAAAAUCAAUCACCAAUCUCAAAUCCAUCUAUUAUUUUAAUAACUAAGGAAUUCGGAGUACUAAGAAUUGAAAAAUUCCCAGAAACAAGUACCACUAAAACAACUCCCGAAGAACUUAAUAAUCCUUUAUUUAUUGUAAAAUCACAUAUUGAACAAGGUAUAUUUUAUUCAGAUUCGAUGGAAAUUGAUUUUGAUUUGAGUAAUAGAUUUGAUUCAUCAGUUAUUGAAAAAGCUAUAGAAUUAAUUACAAAUGAAAUAAUGACUUCACAAUCUGCUUAUAUCCCAAAAUCAUUACCAUCUAUUACUGAAAUAACUCAAUUUAAGAUUAAAAUUUUUAAAGAACUCAUAAAUUAUUGUAAGAGAAAUUUCAACAACUCAGACAUCAUAGUCGAAAUUGUCGAAGACUUAGAGAAAUCAAAUCUUGCAUUAAACUUAUGGAAAUUCAUAGAUUCCAAAAUUAAUGGUAACAACAAUGACAAGAAAUAUUUUGAAAUAUUUAAAAAGUUAAAGCCAGAUUAUAGAGAUUUUUUCACCCACGAUAUAACAAACAUAAAUGAAUUAUUCUUGACAUAUUUAGAUAAAUUAGUUGACCAAGGACUUUUCACUGGUUCUUUAAUAGUGUCGGCAUUGUAUGAUGGGGUUUAUGCAAAUAGUAUAACUUAUGCUGAUGAAGAAGAAGCUGAUGGUACUGCUUGGAUCUUUGAUACAAAUUUAUUGAUUAAAGUUGAAAGUAUUUUUAAUAACGAUUAUGUCAAAGGAACAGCAAAGGAUGGUAAUAAAGAGGAGAUUUUGAAAUUUGUUGAACUUUUAUACUAUUUCUUCAAUUUAGCUACUAAAAUUACCGAGGAAGAAGACUACACUGAGAUUUAUUAUGAAAAUAAACAAGAUUGGAUUAACUUGUUGAUUAAUUUGAAUUUAGAAAAUGAUGCAAUAAACAUAGCAGAAAAAUACCGAGAUUUUAAGUCAUUAGCAGAAAUAUUAAGUUCGCAAAAAGAUACUACUCCAAUAAACGAAUUAAAAUAUAUUGAUUAUUUUGAAAAAUUUGGUUAUCAAUUUGCUUCUGCAGUUUAUGAAAAUGAACUACAAAAUAAUAGAAUUCAAGAAUUGAUUUUGAAUUUUACAAAUUAUAAACAUUAUUUAUUGCAGUACUUUCAUGAAAAUCCUGCAUCAACUGCUUCAGUAUCAUGGAUUCGUUAUAUAUUGGAUGAAAAAUAUACUAACGUUUCAGAGGAUUUACAAAGAGCUCAACUUUAUAAUGAUCAAACCGUUGAUAAUCAAGUUACUCAGUUAUCAAUUGCCAAAUUAUCAGCUAUUGCAUCCAAUGAAGCAACAGAAAAAAUUAAUGCAAAUUUAUUGAAAUUAAAAUACCAAAUAUCAAUUAGAAAUCAAAUUACAAAUAACAGUAGAAUUGAAGCCAUUAAAAGUCCGUUUUUUAGUGAUCAUUUCCUAAAUCCAAAAAUCGAUUCUUCGUAUAAAAAAGAUGUUGUUAAUUCUUAUUUUCCUAAAUUACAAAAAAAUAAAAGAUUAAACGAUGACCAAUUAAUUGAUUUACUAACUACUAUAAAACCAAGCAUUCUCAAGAAUAAUAACUUUUAUUAUGCAUUCAAAGUAGCAUUAUUUUAUUCUAGAAUAUUGGAUGAAGGCAAGCUUAAUCUUAUAUUGCUAAGAUUAUUAACAUUAUCAACCGAUUCUAUAGAUACCAAGUUAUCAGAUAAAGAAUUAAAUUCAUCAAUUAAAUCUAGUGCAGUUUUCAAAGCAAUUCAUAAUCAACCAGAACUCAUUAAAAUGACUUAUGAUUUAGUAAAUCAUUCACCAGUAGUAUUGCCAUACUCAAAGACAGACCUUGCGUAUUUUAACGAUUCCUUGUUACAAAAUUUACAAAUUAGACUCAAGGAUAAACAAUUUGUUGAUUCAAUUAAUUCCAUAAUUGAACAAGCUAAAAUUGUACCAAUAUAG